AUGUUGGAAACUGAAAGAAAAAUGAGUACCCAAGAACGGUUUUUUAAGAAGCUUAUGGAAUCGGUGGAAGGAAAAAAAGACAAUCAUUAUAAUAUCAUUACUAAAGAUGCUUAUGAUUCGCUUCUAAAAGAGGUUGAGGAUGCGAUAUCAGCCACUAAAAAAACCUCUGCUCAAUAUAGAAGGAUCAAGCGAUUCAAUGUUUUGGAAUUUGGCGAUACAAAAAAGCUGGUAACCCGCGGAGAGCCAGUCAAAUAUUAUUUGCCGAUGGAAGACAUUUUUGAUGUCAUUGAUUUGUCACAUAUCGCCGUAGGGCAUGGAGGGAGAGAUCGCCUGAAGGUUGAAACUUCAAGAAAGUACGCCAACAUUACCAAUGACAUGAUAAAUAUUUUUUUGUCUCUCUGUGAAACGUGCCAGAAAAAGAAAAAACUAGGAAAGAAAGGACUCGUUUCGAAACCAAUUUUGCACACUGAAUUAAAUAGUAGAUGUCAAAUAGAUUUGAUAGACAUGCAGUCACAACCUGAUGCACAGUUUAAGUUUAUACUUAAUUAUCAGAAUCAUCUGACAAAAUUCGUUCUGCUCCGCCCCUUGCAGACCAAGCGUACAGAAGAAGUUGCAAGCCAUUUAUUAGACAUUUUUUUAACAUUUGAUGCUCCGGUUCUUCUUCAUUCAGACAAUGGGAGAGAAUUUGUUAACAAUGUUAUGAAAUUGCAUACUAUAUACCCAUAA